AUGAAUAAGUUCAUCAUUGCUGCUAUGUUGAUGACGGUUGCUGUUGUUGCAGCUUUGCCGCAAUCCUACUCGUCUGAGGCCAGCUCCAAACCAUCCUACGAUGACCCCCCGAUGCCAUACAGCUUUGAUUGGAGCGUCAAAGAUGAGGAGAGCAAGAACGACUAUGCCCACAAUGAGAAAAGUGACGGCAAAGUAACUACCGGAUCUUAUCGCGUUGCUCUUCCCGAUGGCCGCACUCAGAUCGUCACCUACAAGGCCGAUGAAAACGGUUACGUCGCCGACGUCAAGUACGAAGGUGAAGCCAAAUACCCUACUCCCGAAUACAAGCCAGCAUCCAAAUACUAA